AUGGCCGACUCGCCUGCCUCCGCAACGGGCGCCCUGCCUGGCGAGUCGCCCGCCCAGACAAAGGCCAGACUACGCAGAGAGCGUCUUGCAGCAAAGAGCGGCGCUUCUCGUCUGCAGCAGAUCACGGCACUGCAGGGCGGCCCGCCCAGGGACAUCAGUGAGCUUGAGAAGGAUGUUCCGGUCAAGCCUGCCCCAAUCCCUUUCCCCCAGCGCACACCCUCCGGGUCUGGAACGGCGACUCCGGACCCAGAUGAGGUAGACAUAUCACAACACCAUUACACGCCCGUAUCCCGUCCCCGACUCCCCUCGCCCUUUGCCUCAGAGACCAACCCGACAGGCCCAUUUGGCCCAGGGCAGGCCUCGGACCCAGCCCAGGACCCCAUGAUGGCAAUGCUCCAGCAGAUGAUGGGCGCGGGUGCGGGUGGUAUGCCUGGCAUGCCCGGCGGUCCUGGUCAGGCAGGUGCACCACCGGGCCUUGCUAAUAUGCUUUCGGCCAUGCAAGGUGGUGGUGCUGUUCCUGAGCCCUCGCCCGACCAAUCUUCAGCCUGGAUCUGGCGCCUGGUUCACUCCGUCUUCUCCCUAGGACUCGCCGUUUACAUAGUGUUACAGACACCGUUUACCGGAUCCAAAUUCUUACGCGACAAUGUGCCCGACGAUGACUGGACCACCCAGUCUUCGCCAGCCCACAAUUUUGCGCACUUUUUCUAUCUCUUCGCUACUUUCGAGGUUAUCUUACAAUCUUCACGCUAUUUCAUAGAAAAAGGCCAGUUGCAAGGAGGUGGCAUGCUCAGCACGGUCGCAGGUAUCUUGCCCGAGCCGUAUGCAGGAUAUAUUCGGACGGUUGGCAGGUACAGCGUCAUAUAUAGCACCGUUGUGAGCGACGCCAUGGUGGUGGUAUUCGUCUUGGGCGCCACGAGUUGGUGGAAAGGUGCUGCUGUUGCAUGA